AUGGGUCCGAACGAGUUUGCAAUGGUUGAGGAGUUGGCUUCUCUUAUUAGGGACAAUCUUCCUUGCAAGCAUCUUGUUCUCUCCGUGGAAGAAGCUUUAGUGAAUUUUCUUCAGUACGAUACUAGAGCAGAUGGAAUACUUGAGCUUCAACCCAUGGGCUCCUACAAUCGGCUUCUAUUACAUCGUCUAGCUGAUAUUUUUGGGUUUUCUCAUGAAUCAGUUGGCGACGGAGAUGAAAGACAUUUAGUGUUGGAACGUUGCCCCGAGACUUCAGUACCUUCCAUCCUUGUAAGCGAUUUAUUAGGACAGUAUGAUGAUGAAUUGCCAAUUCCUACAGUUGUGGAAGUAUUAGAAAAGAGGAAACAAAAUGAACCAGGGCCAGUCCCAGAAAUACCAAAAUUUGAACUCUCACUUGAGGAGAGAGAAGCUGCUUAUUUGGCAGCUCGUGAACGAAUCUUUUCUGUUGGUGAACACACAACUAGAGAGUUAGUGAAGCCGAGGCCACAUCAUAAUCCUGUGGUUGCUCGACGUAUGAUUGCACAUGCCCUCGGGCAAAAGAUGAAGCCUGUCGACGAUGAAGUUGGCCUUACAAAUUUAAAGGAGCUUGGAGGCCAAGCUAAAAUUGCUAACCAAAAUGAUGAGGAAUUAGCCUUCAAAUCUGGCAUCAAUGGUAAACAUCUAAAAGCCCUGGGUGAUAAAAAAGGAAGCAGUCUCGGUGAUGGUGAAUCAUCUAACUCAGCAAAGAAGACGCCCCUGGAUAAAAUCGACAAAUCCAAUAAGCUGGAUCCCUAUAGUACAGAGAGAAGUGAGAUUAGGAUUACAAAGAACAAUUUCAGGGAGGAACAUGCAGGGGCAGCAAAGAGAAUGUUUGUUAAUGCGCUGGGAUUUCAUCCAAGAAACGGGAACCUUCCUAGAUCUGGUCAAAGCAAAUGA